CGAACCCGGUUCGGCUCAUUGGAAGGCGAACGCUCUAUCCCCUGACCCAUCACGGCUCUGUUAUGAUGUUUAUUACAUUCACUAUUCUCUACAGUUAUUUCUGUAGCAUUUUUGUUUUUUUCCUUGUUUAAAUAUUAAUUUAUGACCCCCAGUGUGUAUUAUUUUGUUUUCAUUUUUGAUGAGGAAUCUAAAAAAGCAAACUAAAUGCAAUAUUUUCUUUACACCCUGCAUAAUGAAAUGAAGCUAAAGUUACGUAAUAAUUUUCUUUAAGAAAAUUCUAGCCAAAUAAAUUAUUGAUAUUUUUUGCGCAGUAUUUAUUACAACAUAAACAAGUUAAUCAAUAAGGAAGAGCAUAUUCUAAAUUCUAGAAAUGCUAAUAAAAGAGGCUAUGCAAUUAAACAUAAGUAAUAAAUAUGUAAUAGUUACUUAUUAAAAUAAUCGUUGUGUAAUAAAAAAUUACUAAUUCUUUUGUUUUAAGAUUAAGUUAUUUUUAGGACUUGAAACAACGAUUUAUAGCCACAUCAGUGAGUAUAUAAAACACUAAAAUAAAGCAGCACACAUCAUUUCUUCAGCUUCGACGUGAUUUUUGAAAAAUAAAACAUGAAGAUCUUCGCUCUCUUGGCACUGUUCUGCUCUGUAAUUGCUAUGGUUAUUGGAGCCCAAACUGCAUGCCAGUUGCAAAGACAACAAGCACAGGCAAAGAAUCUGAAAGGCAGCUUCGUUCCAAAAUGUGAUUCAGAUGGUAGCUACAGCCAAGUACAGUGCCGCGGAUCAACUGGAUUCUGCUGGUGUGCUGAUAAAGAUGGAAAACAAAUCACCAAAUCUGUCCGAGGAAAACCAAAGUGUUAGAAAUUGAUAAAAUAAACAUUUACAUUGCAGUAACAAUUACAAUAAAUUUUGUAAGACUCUCAA